GAUAGAAUUAGUGAAUUAACUAAAAUCAUAAGGGUAGUUUAAGAUAAAAUGACUCAAAACUUCUGUCUUUCGUCUUCGAACCACGCAGAGGAGGAAAUCUAUUACACGCCAAGUAGCGAAGCUCCCGUCCGUUUCCUCAAAACCAGUUGAAAUCCAGGAAAAGGGCAGGAGAAGACACUUCGACCUCCAGCUAAUGCUCCUGCUUAGGUUUUUUCUAGGGUUUCUUGAUCUUUGUACGAACCAGAUUUUUAUGUGACUGGAAGAGGUCGCUCUGUAUUUCUAGGGCUUUUGCUUUUUUGGGCUUUCGCGACUCCCGAUACGAAGAAAAAGAGAGAAGGGGGAGAGCAGCUAUGCAAACGGAAGCUCGAGUAGGGGUCGUCGUUGAGGGAGGGCAGAGAGCUCUCAAUUCUGGCCAUGGAGCCUCGAGGGAUGCUGGUGCUCGGAAGUUCGCCCACCAGCAACAUCGGCAGCAACACCAGCAAUCGUUGCAUCAGCAAUCGCAGAUAGGAACGGUUUCUCAGUUACUCGCUGGAGGCAUUGCUGGCGCCGUUAGUAAAACCUGCACGGCCCCUCUUGCUCGCCUUACCAUUCUAUUUCAGGUGCAAGGUAUGCACUCUGAUGUUGCUACACUGAGCAAGGCUAGCAUAUGGCGUGAGGCUUCACGUAUUGUUUACGAAGAAGGUUUUAGAGCAUUCUGGAAAGGAAACCUGGUUACUAUUGCUCAUCGUCUGCCAUAUUCUUCUGUCAGCUUCUACGCUUAUGAACGCUACAAGAAUUUACUACAGUCAAUUCCAGGACUAGAGAGUCAUAGAGAAAACAUCACUGCAGACCUUUGCGUGCGUCUAGUAGGUGGUGGUUUAGCAGGAAUAACAGCUGCAUCAAUCACAUAUCCAUUGGAUCUUGUGAGAACACGACUUGCAGCUCAGACAAAUGUAGUUUACUAUAGAGGCAUGUGGCAUACACUUAGUACUAUCAGCCGAGACGAAGGUGUUGUUGGCUUGUAUAAAGGUCUUGGAGCAACUUUGUUGGGAGUGGGCCCUAGUAUAGCCAUCAGUUUUUCAGUUUAUGAGACCUUGAGAUCUUUGUGGCAGUCACAGAGGCCUCAAGAUUCUCCUGUCCUUGUCAGCCUUGCCUGUGGCAGUCUUUCAGGAAUUGCAUCAUCAACAGCAACAUUCCCUCUUGAUCUUGUGCGGCGGAGGAUGCAGUUGGAAGGGGCAGCUGGUCGAGCCCGUGUAUAUAAGACAGGCCUAUUAGGUACAUUCAGGCACAUUAUCCGAACUGAAGGCCUCCGUGGCCUUUACCGGGGGAUCUUACCAGAAUAUUACAAGGUUGUGCCAAGUGUGGGCAUUGUCUUCAUGACAUAUGAGACUAUAAAGAUGCUCUUGUCAGAGGUUCCUGCCGAAGACUAGAGUUUGUGGCUUUUUAGGUUUCUUUUCAGCAAUCAUCUUGGCCAUCCAAUGGAACUGGUCAGGUUUGUUAACGGUAGGUAGGUAAAUGAAGAGUUCGUUUUUGGUGCCGCGAGGAAAUUCCAUGGUGGUAAAUUUUGUGAUUGCCUCCAUAAAACCAUAUUUUCCCAUGUAUAGAUAGAUAAAUAGGAAAACAGUUGAAUCAUAUCAAGUGUAUCAAGCGUAUUUAGUUGUUGACUUCAGUAUUCAUUGAUGAUCAUUUUCAUCACAACAGUUUUGUUGGUCAGUA